AUGGCGGCCGUGUUGGAUCGAGGUUGGCCCUUGUCGACCACCACCAGUACGACAUAUGGCGCUGUGCUUGUGGUUCUUACGAUCGGUCAGGUCGUCCUAUCUUUGGGCGCAAAGCUCGUCUACAAUCUAUACUUUCACCCGCUGGCUGCUUACCCCGGGCCUCUCCUGGCUCGGUGCAGCCGUCUAUGGUACACCAAUGCUCUGGUACGCGGCAACCUGCCAUUUGUGGUGCACCAGGCGCACGAGAAGUAUGGCGAGAUUGUUCGCAUUGCCCCUGACGAGCUGGCGUACAUCGACGCGCGGGCGUGGAAGGACAUCUACGGGCCUCGGCCGGGCAGACAUGAGAUUCCCAAGGAUCCCAACUUCUACCUGAACACCUCAGUGGGCGACGUGAGCAUCAUCGGGGCAGACUCGGUGCGGCACGGCAAGCUGCGGCGUCUGCUGUCGCAUGGCUUUUCCGAGCGGGCACUGCAGGACCAGGUGCCCAUCAUCCAAGACUACGUGGAUUUGUUUAUCGCCCGGCUGCGAGUUCUCAGCAAAAAGCCGGAGCCAGUCGACAUAGUGACAUGGUACAAUUUCUUUACCUUUGAUGUCAUUGGCGAUUUGGCAUUUGCAGAGUCGUUCGGAUGCUUGGAAACGUCCAAAUACCACCCGUGGAUCGACUUCAUGUUCGAGGUCAUCGUUGGAGGUACCUACAAGCGCGCCGCGGACCAUUACCCGCUGGUGGGCCGGCUGAUGAAGCUGUUGACCCCCGAGCGCGUCAAACAAGGGGUUGCUGCUCACCUGGCCUUGAUGAAGCACAAAGCCAUGCACCGCCUGGAGUUGAAGACCGACCGGCUGGAUUUCAUGACGCGAAUGGCCGCUCCUGACAGCGGCCUCACGCCCGAGGAGUUCAUUGCCAGCGCCGACACCAUCCUGCUCGGCGGCAGUGAAACCACCGCGACCCUUCUUUCCGGCAUCACCUACUAUCUGCUGAAGCAUCCCGCGGUGCUGGACAAGCUGGUCGAAGAGAUCCGCACUAAAUUCUCCUCCGAAGAGGAAAUCGACCUUGUCAGCGUUAACACGCUCGACUACAUGCUCGCCUGUCUCAACGAGACCUUCCGUCUGUAUCCUCCCGUCCCCGGUGCUCUUCCCCGGCGGACCGUUGUUGGCGAGGCAUUGGCAGGAAGCUAUGUGCCGCCCAAUACGACAGUUGCUAUCUACCACUGGGCAAUGUAUCGAACUGGCAGGCAUUUCAAGCGACCCCUAGAAUAUCUGCCCGAGCGCUGGUUAAAGGAGUCCUGGUUUGAGGAGGACGAUCGAUCCGUCAUGCAGUCGUUCAGCUACGGCCCACGCAAUUGUAUUGGCCGCAACCUGGCUUACGUCGAGAUGCGUCUCCUCCUGGCGAGGAUGCUUUUUAGUUUUGAUAUCGAAGCCACGCCCGCGAUCGAAGGCUGGCUGGAUCAGAAGGUCUAUCUUCUCUGGCAGAAACCGCCUCUCUGGAUCAAACUGAAACCCAGAGAUGUCAAGUUGAGGCCUCAGGUGGUUAAGCUGUUGGAGCAAUCAGAGCAACCGUCGGCCACUUGA